CAUUAGAUGUGUGACAAUUAUGUAAAAAAGUGGCCAAUUUAGAAAAUCUGUUUCGUGGUGAUUUUCAUACGGCGAACCACGUUUUAAAUGAUUGUUCGCAAGAGUAAAACAUUGAAGCAACUUCUGGAUAAAUGGCCCGGUAAAAGCAUCUUCGGCAUUUAUCGCUUUUUGCCGAUAUUCUUCGGGCUCGGAGCAGCGCUGGAGUUUUCGAUGAUCCACUGGCGAGUUGGGGAUACCAAUUUCUAUAAUACGUUCAAGAAGCGACAGGCAAAGGAAAUUGUGGAGGAAAGGCUACGAUUACAUCAGCUAGAACCGAUUCGGGAAUAGAUUGUUCAACACGGUGAAAUAGCAACGGUCCGAUCAUGCCUGCCGGUGUUCCUAUGCGA